AUUUUAAUUGAUUCCAUCGAAUUGAAAAUAAAUCUUUAAUUUGAUUGAUUGAAUGUUUAGAAAUUAAUUUAAUUCAACAAUCGACUUUGGCUCCGUCUGGUGUUUCUCAAUUCGAGGAUAACCUUGAGUAUUUGUUGUUGUUUUCCUUUCUCAUCUCAAUUGUUGUUCAUUUGCCAACAAUUUCCUUCAAACAAAUUGACAAAUUUAAUUGUGACUUUUUGUUAACUUGUCGGUGUUAUUGUGUGUUGAUCUUUUAGUUCAUAGUCUCAGUUGAAAUUUACCAUGAGUGAAAAGGAGUUUGAUUUCACUGUGUUCGGUGCCACUGGUUAUACUGGUAAAUAUGUUUUCCGUAAUUUGCUUCUAUGGGAAGAGAUUGACAAAAGAUCUUUCAAAAUUUCAAUCGCUGGAAGAAAUAAGGAAAAAUUGGAGACACUUUUAAAGGAAACGGCUCUUCAAUUGGAUCGAAAUCUUGACUCUGUUGGCCUGAUAAUCGCUGAUGUUUCAGAUGAGGAAAGUCUAUUGUCAAUGUGUGAAAAGUCAAAGGUUGUUCUCAAUACCUGUGGUCCUUACAUCUUAUAUGGUGAACAAGUUGUAAGAGCUUGUAUUCAGAAAAAAGCUCACAUGGUUGAUGUUUCAGGGGAACCACAAUAUCUUGAAGGGAUUCAAUUCAAGUACCAUGAAGCAGCGCGAAAAGCGGGUGUUUAUAUUGUUGGGGCCUGUGGAUAUGAUGCUAUCCCUUCUGAGAUUGGAACGGAUUGUUUGAAGCAAUCAUUUGGCCCUGGAAAAUUGAACCAAGUCGAAGCAUUUGUUAAAUCGAAGCAAGGAAAUCAUGGAAUGACAGUUAAUUAUGGUACAUUACAUUCAUUAGUAACUGCUUUCGGUGAAUACAAUUCGUUGAUGGAGGUUAGAAAGAGAUAUGUUACCGAAAUGUUCAAGAAAAAGUUACCAGAACGAAGUCACAAAGGGAAUAUUAAAUGGCUUCCAUGGUGGAAUCAGGAGGUGAAUGGUUGGUGUAUUCCUGUUCCAAUCGGUGAUCGUGAUAUCGUCAAGAAUAGUCAGCGUUGGUUUUACGAGUAUAACGAUGAGAAAGCUGCGCAAUUCGAGGAAUAUCUUGUGGUUCCUAAAUUUUAUCAUGUUCUAUUAGCUAUUCUCGCGUUUUUCUAUAUUGGGUUUAUGGUGUUUUUCACCUUUACCAGAAAAUUGCUUCUUAAAUAUCCCAAACUCAUGACCGCAGGUUUUUUCUCGAAAACGGGACCAACGCGAAAACAAGUGGAAGAUCUUUCAUUUACCUUUCUUUGUGUUGGUCAUGGUUGGUCUGAGGAUUUAAAGGAGGGUGAAAAGGAUUACAAGAACCCACCCAACAAGACGGUUCGAUGUCUCAUCUCGGCUCCUGAUCCAGCUUAUGAAACCACAUCGCGAUGUCUCAUUCAAUCGGGACUGACAAUAUUAGACGAAGCUGAGAAAAUGCCUUUCGAAGGAGGAUGUUUGACUCCGGGCUUCGCUUUCCGAGGAACAACAUUAAGAGAAAGGCUUACCCGUCACGCUGUCACCUUUGAGAUCAUUGGAUGAUCUACUUAUAUGGUAUAGCGUCACAUGAGAAUAUAUUAUCAAUAUAAUCAUCAAUCAGAAAGGUGGAAUUCAUUUUUCGUAUUUCAAUUGUUCUGAUCAGAAUCUUUUGUAAUCAAUUUAAUCACGAUUUAUAUAAGGCCACAGUCCAAAUAAGAAAUAAUCACUUAUAAGCACGAUUUAACUAAUUGACCAUUUAAAAUAAUUUAGUAUUGAUGGAAAACGAUGUUAAUCAUCUGAUUCAAAAUGGAUCAAUAUACUUUCCCCGAUUUUUAUUUUUACAUAAAAUUAUAAAUCUAUUAAUCAGCUACUAAAAUUUUAAUCAAUUACUAUUCUUUUUAUGAAAUUAAAUAAGAAAGUAUA